AUGCCGGGCUCGGGCUCCCCAGCACGUACGCCCCUUUCAAAAUGGGACGGUGGCCAGCGCAAAGCCCUUUUCAUACCACUCGUCGUUGCUUCGAUAAUGAUCCUCGUCUUGGUUCUGGCUAACAUGUCAUAUCUCUUCGGUGCAACCUUUGAACAAGGAAAGCGCACUCAUGCCCUCAAGAUUCUCGCCGUAGACCUUGAUGGAGGUGCUAUUGGUUCGGCAAUCGCAGGUGCAUCUAAGAGUCUGCAAGCAGCAAACUUCCCUACGAUUGAGUUCGGUUCGGCUUCAGAAUAUUCAACACCAGCGGCGGUGAAGAACGCUGUCUGUAAGGGAGACUACUGGGGAGCGAUCUACGUCCACGAAGGCGCAUCGCAGAAGCUCACCAGCGCCAUUAGCGGAACCUCGAACAUUGCCUACGAUGCCGCCGACUCCGUCACCUACACAUACAACCAGGCUCGAUACCCUGCGAUCGCCGACUCCGUGCUCGCAAGCAAUAUGCAAAAGGUCGUGGCCGCAUCGAGAGGUUUCUACUAUCAAUCACCUAAUGGCACGUCCGCCCUCCAGUCCUUGAACACAACCAACCCGGCCGCCGUCACCGCAUAUCUAAACCCAAUUUCGUCCACCCCCGAUCUCAUUGGCGUCCAGACGCAAGCCAGCCGCGUCUUUUUCAACACAGUCAACGUCAUCGUUCCAACUUUGGCCCAGUUCUUCUACAUCCUGGCGCUGAACGGCACUGGCAUGAGCUCCGGUCUCCUGGCCAAGGCGAGAGUCCGUGACGUCUGGCUGCUUCGUUUUGGCAUCGGCAAAAUCUACGGGUUUCUCACUGCUGUUACAGUGACUGGUUAUCUCUGGGCAUUCAGGGAAAACUGGCCUGUUGGCGGCUUGCAGUUCGGCAAGACGUUGCUAGUGUAUUGGCUCUACAUGGACGUGCAGUGGCAGGUGUUGGAAUCCCUGAUCGGAUCAUUCUUGCCCAUGGCAGCUGUUCCAUUCUUCUUUUUAACCUGGAUGCUCACCAAUGUGGCAAGCUGCGUCUUCCCUUUCGAAAUUAUGGCCGGUUUCUACAGGAUCGGCUAUGCUCUACCGGCGCGCGAGAUCUACUCCCUUUUGGUGCAGGCAUGGACUGGCUGCGCUGACGAGACGCGUAUCGCAUUGCCUGUGCUCUUCUCCUGGUGGCUUGUGGGUCAUGUAGGAGCAGUCUUCUCUAUCCGAAAACGAUGUGCCGAUGCUGAGAAGAUGGUUGCCGCUGUCGCCAAGGCUCCGGCGGUACCAAACGACACAGUCUCCAUGCCUUCCUCUUCGAGCAGUACAGAAAUGACUCUGCGUUCAGACGAAGAGGAGGCUAGAAACGAGAAAUGA